CGCGAGGCAAGGGCUGAGAUACAAAGACGUGGCAGAAAAUGCUUAUAGUGUGCUCUGUGAGAUGAAGGAGCGCAUCGCCAAAGGAGGGAGUCCAUCGUGAGCUGCCCUUCUUGUACUCGCAGACAGACCAAAGAGUCGCCUCAUUUCCUUUGGCCCUGGGUAAAUUGCUCGUGCGGGUAGUGUGCCCCGUGCAAAAUUACUACGCUCGUUCUCUCACCUUUUUGGCCCCAAAUUCAGACUGAUGAAGGGCUCAUUCCAUUGACUGCUGCGUAUCGGUAUAUGUCACGCGCGCGCCAUGGCGCACGGGGCACUGGACGCCUGCACGCCACCUUGCCACCUUGCCACCGCGGCGCCGCCGCCUUCGCCUUCACCCCCCUCUUUUGCUAUCUUGCAUCAGCGGGCAAGAGGCUGUUUGCUGGCAUCAUCAAGCAUGGUGGCGAGGCCUGCAGCUCACGACUCUCCCCCAGCGUAUACUACGUGCGCCACGAUUGCGUGGUUAAGAUUGAGACCGAGCUCCGGCACCCAGCGACGGGGAUGCCAUAGCUCGCCACGCGCCUCUUGGCUAUGGCCAAGCAUAUCCUCGUAAGUUAUUAUGCCGGAGCCUGUACA